GAUUCUUCUUCUCCCCCUUAGCUGGACCCCUGGCAGCUCCUUCCUUAAGGUGGGAUGGAUAGCAGGGUCCCUGGUGCAACCAGCAAUGGAAAGACAAUACCAACUUAUUCAGUUGUGGAAAAGGAGAAAGAGGAGGAGGAAGAGGAGGGCACACUCGAACGGGGUCACUGGAACAACAAGUUGGAAUAUGUGCUGUCUGUAGCCGGGGAAAUCAUUGGGCUGGGCAAUGUCUGGAGGUUCCCCUAUCUCUGCUACAAGAAUGGGGGAGGUGCCUUUUUCAUACCCUACCUCAUCUUCCUCUUCACCUGUGGCAUUCCUGUUUUCCUCCUGGAGACAGCAUUGGGUCAGUAUACCAGCCAGGGGGGUGUCACAGCCUGGAGAAAGAUCUGCCCCAUCUUUGAGGGCAUCGGUUAUGCCUCUCAGGUGAUUGUCAUCCUCCUCAACUUCUACUACAUCAUUGUUCUGGCCUGGGCUUUCUUCUACCUCUUCAGCUCCUUCACCAUUGACCUUCCCUGGGGCAGUUGUGACCAUGAGUGGAACACAGAACACUGUGUGGAGUUCCAGAGGACCAAUGGCUCCCUGAAUACAACAGCUGAGAAUGCCACCUCUCCUGUCAUUGAGUUUUGGGAGAGGCGGGUCCUGAAGAUCGCCGAAGGGAUCAGCACUGGGAGCCUGCGCUGGGAGUUGGCUCUGUGCCUCCUGCUCGCUUAUAUCUGCUACUUCUGCAUUUGGAAAGGAGUCAAGUCCACAGGCAAAGUAGUAUACUUCACGGCCACAUUUCCAUACCUCAUGUUGGUGGUCCUGUUAAUCCGAGGGGUGACUCUGCCUGGUGCUGCCCAGGGGAUCCAGUUCUACCUGUACCCAAAUCUCACCCGUCUCUGGGAUCCCCAGGUGUGGAUGGAUGCUGGCACCCAGAUUUUCUUCUCUUAUGCCAUCUGUCUGGGGUGCCUGACAGCCUUGGGCAGCUACAACAAAUACCACAACAACUGUUACAGGGACUGCAUCUCCCUCUGCUUCCUGAACAGUGGCACCAGCUUUGUGGCCGGUUUUGCUAUCUUCUCCAUUCUGGGCUUCAUGUCUCAGGAGCAGGGGGUGCCCAUCUCUGAGGUGGCCGAGUCAGGCCCUGGAUUGGCAUUCAUCGCGUACCCCAGGGCUGUGGUGAUGCUACCCUUCUCUCCUCUUUGGGCAUGUUGUUUCUUCCUCAUGGUUGUGCUACUUGGGCUGGAUAGCCAGUUUGUGUGUGUGGAGAGCCUGGUCACAGCCUUGGUGGACAUGUACCCCAACAAACUUCGAAAGAAGAAUCGACGGGAAACCCUUAUCCUAGUGAUUUCUGUCCUCUCCUACCUCAUCGGGCUGAUCAUGCUCACCGAGGGUGGAAUGUAUGUGUUUCAGCUGUUUGACUACUAUGCGGCCAGUGGCAUGUGUCUGUUAUUUGUAGCCAUCUUUGAGACACUCUGUGUGGCCUGGGUAUAUGGAGCUGAGAGAUUCUACGAUAACAUUGAAGACAUGAUUGGCUAUCGGCCAUGGCCUGUUAUUAAAUAUUGCUGGAUAUUCCUCACACCAGCUGUAUGCACAGCCACCUUCCUUUUCUCUCUGGCCAAGUACACCCCACUGACCUACAACAAGAAGUACACGUACCCGUGGUGGGGAGAUGCUUUGGGCUGGCUCCUGGCACUGUCCUCCAUGGUCUGCAUCCCUGCCUGGAGUGCUUACAAACUGACAACUCUCAAAGGCUCCCUGAGGGAGAGAGUCCGUCAGCUCAUAUGCCCAGAAGAGGACCUGCCCCAGCGGCUGAGUACGCACCCCCCCACCCCCUCCACUACUCGGGCAGCACUUCUUAGGCUCACAGAACUUGAGUCCCACUGCUAGAGACCAACUCAGACUGUCACCUGGAAUGCACUGCUGAUCUUCCAAAGUCCUGUCUAUUCAGCUCCCUGCCUUGUCCCAGAUAUGGCUGCAGAGGGGAGCAGGCCAAAUUGCUGUACCCUUUUUGGAGGAAGUAGAUUUCUAAUCAGACCCAAUCCCACCUCCCCCCCAGAAUCACAGAUGAAAAAACCUUGGGGAUGUCCUGCACUAUUCCUUCUGGGCGGGAGGCCUCUUACUCCCAAGCUCAUGCCUGGUGGGAGAGGAAAGAACUGAGUGCAAAUUAAGACUUCAACUACUUAAGGGAGGGGAACAUUUUUUUUGGGGGGGGGGGUAGGGUGGAGUGGACAGAGAGGUUUCUUUUUUUUUUCUUCCAUUUUUUAGAAGGUUCCUCUCCCUUCAUUCCAUUAAAUCCACAUUCUUUGCACUGGUCCUCCUGCAAAAGCUCAGCUUUGUCUCUAUUUCAUUGUCCCUCCAUCCUGUUUCCCUGAUUUCCUUGCUUCUUGAUGCUGUCUCUUUGUUCCCUCCUCCACACCCCCACUUCAUGGAACUUGUAGGAAUAGGAGGGAGCUAUGCAGGGUUUAUGAGGUCUCACAGUCCCCAUGACCUAUGCCAUGAAACAAGAGUUGAGUAGUUCUGUUAUCUCUCCUUUAUGCAUUAACAUUGUUGCAUCUAUCCCCAAAUUUCAGAGUCCUUCUCUUUGUUUGAUUCUCCUUUUUUUUUCUUAAGAACUAAAACAAUUCUGGGGACACAAAAAUGACCAGAUGGAAGAUAUGGACUGUAUCCUUGAGGAAUUUUUAAUCUAUUUGGGGAUAUAUAAUAGAUACUGUAGCAUGAAGUCAGCAUGGCAGAGGAGGCAAACACCCUGGAGACUCCUGACUCAGUCACUCCAACUUUUCCUUCUCUAACUCUUUUCAUCCACAUCUCCUGCAGUUUUCCUUCAUGGACCCUUUAUGAGAGAUAUACAGAGUUUAUGAGGUUUCACAGUUCUCAUGAUUGGAUUAGGUAGAUGGAAGGAAGGAUACAAGUUGGAGUAUUCCAUCACCUUAUUUUUGGACCAGAGCAAACUAUUUCCUUUCCUCUCUGCUCUUUCCUUAAGUCUCUUUAUUCCUUUGAAAUAAAAGGGGAGGUACUGGGAGAAGAAUUACUGGGGAAGUGAAGGAUUGAUCCUUAUACAGGGAAAGUAAAAAAGAAAGGCAGCUGGCUUUCUUUGGCAUCUCAUUACACUUGCCACCAACAUUCACCAAAUGCCUCCUAUGUCCUAUGUAGGCAGAAUCUCAGAAUCAGAUGAAACCUCAGCAAACAGCUGGUCCAGCUCUCUACAACAUUCCUAAUAAGUGGUUCUCCAACCUUCCCUUGAAGACUGCUACCAAGAGCAACCCCAUUCCCCACCCUUGAGACUUUGAUGUUCUUUUCUUCAACCAUUCUUUAAAGCAUAUUCUUUGCUUGAUAUCUCCUUCAUCAUUUUCACUCUUUACCUUUUGUUAUACUUAUCUAUGUAUAUGUAAUACCUAAUGCUCUAUUUGGUAGAAUAUAGACUCUGUGAGGGCAGCUUCUUUAGGUUGUUUUUUUUUUGCAAGGCAAAAGUGACUUGCCCAAGGUCACACAGAUAGUAAGUGUCAAGCGUCUGAGGUCGGAUUUGAACUCAGGUACUCCUGAAUUCAGGGCCGGUGCUUUAUCCACUGUGCCACCUAGCUGCCCUCGCUUUAGGUUUUUUUUUUUUUUUUGACCUGGGCCUUGGAUGGGGGUAGGAAUUAGAUUAAGAGAGUAUAGGAGGGACAUUUUAAGUAGAUGAAGAUAGUUGUGACCAGGUCAGAUUUUAGGACAAAGGAGUAACAGAUAUAGGUAUGAUAGUAAUGAAAGGUAGGGUUAGAGAGAUAAUUUCCUGUCUCACCCCCUCCCUCUUCUUCUUUCUUGUCACCCUCUGCCAUUCAGCUCAUCUUUGGUUAUGACUUGUUGCUGGUGGAUGAGUAGAAUUGAAAUCUACACACCUUUUGUUGAUCAAUGGUUUUAAAAUCCUCUAUUCAACUAAACAGUUAGCAGGAGCUGAUCUCAGGGAUUAAAAAUUAUUCUCUUCCCUAUUCCUCCUAAGCUUUUUAGGAGGGCUGUUGAGUAGAGACCUGAAAGGGGGGAGAAAGUACCACAGGAAAUAGGAAGAGGGCAAGAGAAUCUCAUAUUCUCCAUAAUCCACACACUGGAGCAUCUGUCCUCGGACCACUGAGAGUCAGCUGUAUCUGCAGGCAUUACCCUCUCCAAACCCUUUCCUAAUCUGUUUCCCUCAGACCUCACAGGAAGUGACAUUUUUACAGAGCAGGUUUACGACUGUCAUCCUCAGGUUCCCAAUCUUUCUUGCACCUUCUCCCUCCCUCCCCACUCCCAUUCCCAAGUGAUCUCUCUCUGCCUUAGGAAAGAAGGGCUGUGAGAAUGAUGCUACAGGUAGAAACAUGGCGGGGGGAAAACUCACCUAAAAACCAUCUUAACAUCUUGGGAGCCAAUAGCAGUAUCCAAUCUCGGCCAUCAGUGGUCUUUAUCUUCCCCAGGUCCACUUCCAUGUUUCAAUGACCAGUUGUCACCAUCAGAUAUAACCACAAGGGGGUGGCACUGCUGCAGCUAAAACCCUAUUUGAGUUCCAGCGCUAGGAGGGGAUGGUUAAACUUGGUACAUUGCUUAUGUGUCUAUGGAAAAGGUUUGAAUCCUUCUGGACAGAGCUGGAUUUAAGCCUUACUGCAAAGAUACAUGUGACAGGUCUUGUUCUUCUUUUGUUUUCUUGACCACAGUCCCAACCCUAGAGGAACCCUCUGAUGUUCAAUCCUUAUUCCUAAAACCCAUGGUACAGAAUUAGUGCUUCCUCAGGACCACUUCUUUCCAUAGGUAGAGAAUUAUAAAUAAUAGAGACAAAAGACACCUUAGUAAAAUCUGGUAAAAUCCUAUCAUUUAAAAAAAAGUGUUCCCUUGAUGCCUUCUGAUUUUUACACCAGUCAUUUCCCAAUACCUCUCCCCUCCAAAUCCCACUGAACCCUCUGUUGACAAAGAAAAAAAGUUAAGUAAAACUGACUGAUAGGUGCAUAUGCAACACUCUUUCCCUUUGGACCCCCCACCUUUCUACUGAGAGGAGGGAAGUGUGUGUAUUCUGUUUUCUAGGUUAUGUCAAUUAAUUUGAGUUAAACUGCA